UUGAACGGGCGGCGGGCGCGCUCCCCCCGGCCCGGGGAUCCUCCUCUCCCUCCUUCCUUCCUUCCAUCCCUCCCUCCUUCCCUCCCUCCCCGCGAUGCUGCCGCGGCCGCGCCUCCUCCGCACCUACUCCCGCCGCGCCGGGUACCUGCGCCCGCUGCAGCCGCCCGACCGCUGGAUCUCGCCGCCGCAGGACCGCAAGCGCCUCUUCAGCUCCACCUCGGCCGGUUCCAGCGCCUUGUCCGCACGCUCGGAGGACGACCCGGAUUUCCUGCCGCCCAGCGACUGCCGGCCGCGGGCCGGGGGUAAGCGCCGGGCCUGGGCCCGGCGGCUGCGGGACCGCAGGCGGGAGACGCGGGGGAAGGAGAACCGGGAGCCGGAGCCGUCCCUCUCCUCGCACCCCCCGUCCCUCUCCUCGUCUUCCCCGUCCCUCUCCUCGCCCUCCCCGUCCCCGCCGCGCCGUGCCCGGCGCCGCCGGCAGGGCCCGCCGUGCCCCGCCGCUGCCCCGCUGCUGUGCAGCACCCCGCAAUGGCCGCCCCCGGCCCGGCCCCGCCGCCCGGCCCCGCCCGCCGCCGGCAGCCUCGUCUUGUUCAGCUCCGCCACCGACGGCGGCUCCGGGUCGUGCUCGGGGCUCGGGGACAGCCCCCCGCCCCGCCGCCCCCGCGGCCGCGCCCCGCAGGUCCGGCUCGCCCCGCUCCUGCUCAGCACCACCAUAGAGAGCGGAUCGGGGCUGGAGCACCACCCGCCACCCUCGGGGCAUCGCUCGGGGCAGCGCCCGGCGCUGCGGGGCGCGGACAGCGCCGUGGAGGAGGAGGAGGAGGAGGAGUGGAUCUUACACAAGAGCGCUGAGCCCGACCCGGGUCUGCAGGAGCCCCGCCGUGUGCUGAGGUCGUCGGUGCGGGGGGAACCCUGCUGGGCACAAGCUGCCCCGAUCCCACAGAAAGCCCCAAGCGCUUCGCCGCCCGCUCAGGGUGAGGCACGGCUCGCUGCGCCCUGCGACGGUGCCGCUUCUGAUGGGCCGCGUGAGCAUCUCACCAGAGACUCAGCAAAAGGGAGCUCGAGUUGUCACACAGGCCCAGCCGAGCGGUACCAGCUUGUGCCAGUGGUGGUCUUGGACCGUCAGGAGGUACCAAGGAGGAUGCUGAGCAUGAAGCUCAACAAGAAGGCUGAUGUUCAACCCACCUGCCAGCAGCCAGAAUCUCCUGUGGGCCGCCCAGGAACCUUGGAGAGUAAAUAUAAAAGGACUAAGCCUCUCCAAGGCUCUGGAGAGGGCAGCACCUGCAGGAAAGCCUGUAUCAGUGGCUUCAGCGCCAGCCGCUGGGGGAGGCACCCGAGGCUCCGCCCAAAAAGGCGCAAAAACAAGAGGCAGCAACAGCCUAUCAACUCCUUCCUCAGACCACAGGCAAAGCAAAAACGAGCGCAGAGGGAGAUGUCUGUAGAUGUAAGAGAUAAUGACUGUUCACUCCUCAAUAGCUCGUAUUCCUGGGCCAGAGUUCGAGCGUCCCUGUCCUUCCAUAAGAAGAAGAGAGUGACCACUGAGGACAGUUUCUGCAGCAGCAUCCUCUGCACCCCGGCAGGGAGAUCCCAGCUGUCAGGGUACCAAGCCAGCCUGUCGGCUGGGAGGGCUCAGGGCUGCUCCUGGUCCGCCUCCUCCAUGAUCCUGCUGGCUCCCAGGGAUUCCUCUGUCCUGGAGCUGAUGCUUACAGACGCAGAGAAGGUGUUUGGGGAAUGCCACCAGGAAGGGCCCAUUGCUUUUGAGGAAUGCAUUCCUUUAGAUAAGAUGAAAGAUUGCAAGAAAAUUGGAGAAGGGGUGUUUGGAGAGGUGUUCCAGAUCAACAGUGAGAGAGGACCCGUGGCCCUAAAAAUAAUUCCCAUUGAAGGGACUGAGAAAGUAAAUGGUGAAGCUCAAAAGAGCUUUGGGGAGAUUCUGCCUGAGGUAAUAAUUUCAAAAGAACUCAGUCUUCUGUCUGAGGAAUCUGUGAAUAGGACUGUUGGGUUCAUCAGCCUGUACUCUGUGCACUGUGUCCAAGGGGCCUAUCCCAAGUAUCUCCUGGAAGCCUGGGACAAAUACCACAAAAAAACGGGAUCAGAAAACGACCGGCCAGACCUUUUUGGGGACGAGCAGCUCUUCAUGGUUCUGGAGUUUGAAUUUGGAGGCAGUGACUUGGAGCACGAGAGGUGCAGUUUCUCCUCAGUGCAAUCAGCAAAAAGCAUUUUGCACCAGGUCACUGCCUCCCUGGCCGUGGCAGAGCAGGAGCUGCACUUCGAGCACAGGGACCUGCACUGGGGGAACGUGCUGGUAAAAAAAACAGACGCAAAGGAACUUCAUUAUGUGCUGAAUGGGACAACACACACGAUCCCCACAGCAGGGAUUCACAUCAACAUCAUCGACUACACCCUGUCCCGGCUGGAGAAGGACGGGCUGACCGUGUUCUGUGACCUCUCCACGGAUGAGGAGCUGUUCCAAGGCACAGGGGACUAUCAGUUUGACAUCUACAGGCAGAUGAAAGCGGAGAAUUCCAACUGCUGGACAGACUAUCACCCUCACAGCAACGUCCUCUGGCUGCACUACCUGGCAGAUAAACUUUUGAAUGACAUGAGAUACAAGAGAAAGGCAACAACUCCUGCCCUGAAGAAAAUAAAGAUGCAGCUCACCAAGUUCCACAAGGAGGUGCUGACCUUUGAGUCUGCCCACGAUGUUUUACUCAACAGCAGCCUCUUCCAGUGACCAAGAACUAGGUCACUGAUAGUGCAUUUCUCCUCUGCUUUUUUUUGGAUACAUGAUCUUUUUACAUGUUGGCACAAUGAAGUGUUAUGAUUCCCAGUGUGAAUAAUACACUAUAAAAAAAAAGAGUCUAAAAAAAUCCCCUCAAAAAGUCUUCUGCUCUAAGAUGUUUCCAUAUCUACUGUUUUUGAGGGGUGGUGGAGGGGAGACAACCCUUCCUGUUGACUUCUGUCAACUUUUGUCAAGUGAGAGAAAGAUCUUUGAGAAAGAUUUGAAUAAAUAAAUAAAGGCUCAAUAAAUGCUUUGAAUUU